AUGUAUCAUUUUAUUUUUAUUAUUUCAACUAUCCUUUCUUUUCCAAAUCAAUCUUUUGGAUCUUUUGGAUAUUCCAAGCGUCAUCAACACAACUGGCCAAGAGACUUCAUAGAUUGUGGAGGAAAAUUGCAAUCUCCGAUUGAAUUGUCACCAUCCAAGGCAAUUAUAUUACCUUUACCGUCAUUGGAAUUAUUUGGAUAUCAUAAUUAUUUGCCACAACUGUCGGUUGUUAAUAAUGGACACUCUGUGUCUUUAAAUGUUGAAAAAAAUAGUUUAAAUACAUCCAGAAAAUUACCUUUUAUUUUUGGUUCGGUGCUGGAUGAUAAUCAACAAUUUGAAUUCAGUGGACUACAUUUUCAUUGGGGAUUAAAAAAUAGUCGAGGAUCCGAACAUGUUGUCAAUGGUAUCAGAUACCCAAUGGAAAUGCACAUAAUACACAGAAACAAAUUAUAUACUGACAUUGAAGAAGCGCAAGGUCAUAAGAAUGGUUUAGUAGUUCUCGGAAUUUUUUUCCAAUUGCAGGACGAUGAUAAUGUCAACUUGAAUCCAAUACUAAAAAAUCUCCAAGCAUUGAAAUGGAUUGACAGUCAAUUAAAACUGAAUGUAUCAUUAACAUUAAAAUCAUUAUUACCUGACAUUGACACAUAUUAUUCAUACAAAGGCUCGCUUACGACUCCGCCAUGCAGUGAAGCUGUAACCUGGAUAAUUUUCACGAACCCCGUCGCUAUUUCUUUCAGACAGUUGAACAAGUUUCGUUGGCUGUCCAACGGCGAAGCUACCCUCGGUGAUAAUUACAGGAACAUCCAAGAUUUAGGUAAACGAAAAAUUUACCUAAGAAAAUUAACUGACGACUUUGCUAGUAAUUAUGAAUCAUUAAAUAUUAAUACCAGUGGCUUAGAAUGGUUUUGGGAUUGA